ACUAUAUUAUAUGUCCAGCCAAUCCGACAACCAGAUUCUAACUAUGUGUAAAAAAGUGCCUGCAGUCAGUUUAAAUGUAAAUGUCAAAUAUGUGUUAAGUUUUAAAAGUGUAAUAUUUAUUUUUGUAAUGAAAUUUUAUUGGGAAUAGAAAUAUUUAUUGUGCAAGCGGUGAGAUUAUGUUAACAUUUUACAACGGUAGAAGAAAUUACAGCACUAUUGUAAAAAGCUUUAAAGGACGUUCAGUGAAACAGUUUCAAAGGACGGAUGCAGAGACAGCAGAGUAUCGAGAUCGGCCCAGUGUCUUCCAACAGCCCCACCAAUGGCUCUACCAGAAACCCAGAUGACAACGGCCUACAUCCUACAGAUGACAACGACGGAACAAUAUCGUCUGCACUUGACAGAGACACUGAGACAUCAGCUGAUCAAAGAGCUAAUGCCGAACAACGUGUGAUAUUUAUAAAUAGGACCCAACCGCCCGUGUCCAAAUUUAUUAGUAAUAGAGUAUCAACAGCCAAAUAUAGUCUUGUAAGAUUCAUACCGCUGUUCCUUUACGAACAGUUUCGAAGAUGGGCCAAUGUAUUUUUUCUGAUGAUAGCCAUGCUACAGCAAAUUCCAGAUGUUUCACCAACGGGCAGAUACACCACCUUAGUGCCUCUUAUUUUUAUACUAACAGUGUCUGCCGUCAAGGAAAUUAUAGAGGAUAUUAAACGGCAUAGAGCAGACGAUGAAACGAAUCACAGAAAAGCUGAAGUACUUAGAGGUGAAAAUUGGGUAAAUAUUAAAUGGAAAAAUUUAGUAGUGGGGGACAUUGUUAAAGUAUGGAACAACACAUUUUUUCCGGCAGAUCUGGUGUUGCUAUCAUCAAGUGAACCACAAGGAAUGAGUUUCAUCGAAACAGCAAAUCUAGAUGGGGAAACCAAUUUGAAAAUCAGACAAGCACUUCCGAGUACAGCCACUAUAACAAGUACACAGGAACUAGGACAGUUGUUUGGUACCAUAGAAUGUGAGCCUCCAAAUAAACAUUUAUAUGAAUUCAAUGGUGUCAUUAGGCAGAGGGGCAAAUCACCUGAAGCUUUAGGACCUGAUCAAAUUCUUUUACGAGGCGCCAUUUUAAGAAAUACAUCUUGGGUUUUCGGUAUAGUUAUUUACACUGGUCAUGAAUCAAAAUUAAUGAAAAAUUCCGCACUUGCACCACUCAAGCGUUCUACUGUCGAUAAGAUGACCAACGUUCAAAUUCUUCUUUUGUUUGGCGUACUCGUAGCCAUGUGCUUAAUUUGUUCAAUAUUUAACGUUUUAUGGACCAAUAACCACACCGACACUGACUGGUAUAUUGGAUUAGAAGGCCAAUCCAAUAAUUUAUUCUACAAUCUACUAACUUUUCUGAUUCUCUUCAACAAUUUAAUACCAAUUUCCCUACAAGUUACACUGGAAGUCGUCAGAUUUAUUCAGGCUAUAUUUAUAAAUAUGGAUGUGGAAAUGUAUCAUACAGAAACCAAUACACCAGCUAUGGCACGUACUUCUAAUUUAAAUGAGGAAUUGGGACAAGUAAAAUACGUUUUUUCUGAUAAAACUGGAACACUUACAAGAAAUAUAAUGGAAUUUAAAAGGUGCGCUAUAGGUCCAGACUUAUAUACCAUCUCUGAAAAUGUUGAAGACUCCACUCUAGUUAAGAAUUUACGUAGUGACCAUAAAAAUGCAGCUUUAAUGCGCGACAUGCUCGUCCUUCUCUCGGUGUGUCAUACCGUAAUACCAGAAAAAACUGCUGACGGAGAAAUAAUUUAUCACGCAGCUUCUCCCGAUGAAAGAGCAUUAGUAUAUGGCGCAUCUAAAUUCGGAUAUGUUUUUGAGAGUCGAACUCCAGAUUAUGUUGAAAUAGAUGCUUUAGGUACCAGAGAAAGAUAUCAAAUAUUGACAGUGUUAGAAUUUACUUCAGCUAGGAAGAGGAUGAGCGUGAUUGUUAGGGAUCCCAAAGGCAAAAUAAAAUUAUUUUGUAAGGGAGCCGACUCCAUCAUAUAUGAACGUUUAGACAACAAUUCAGGACGUGAGCAUUGUGAAAUUUUAUUACAACAUUUAGAAAAUUUUGCCAGCGAAGGUUUGAGAACACUCUGCUGUGCUGUCACUGAUUUAAAAGAAAGUGACUAUGAACAUUGGAAAGAACUAUAUCACAAAGCUAGUAUAUCUUUACAGCAUCGAGAGGAGAAAAUCGAAGAAGCAGCUAACCUCAUUGAAAGGAAAUUGAAACUAAUUGGUGCAACUGCGAUAGAAGAUAAGUUACAAGAAGGUGUACCCGAAACGAUAGCAGCUCUUCUACAGGCUGAUAUCAACGUAUGGGUUUUAACAGGCGAUAAGCAAGAGACUGCAAUAAAUAUUGGUUAUUCGUGCAAACUUUUAUCGCAGGGUAUGCAACUAAUCAUACUCAAUGAAGAUGGAUUAGAUAAAACUAGAGAGGCGAUUCUUAAAAAUUGCGAAGAUCUGGGAGACAAUUUAGGGAAACAGAAUGAUAUAGGGCUUGUUGUCGACGGCAAAACAUUAACCUAUUGCCUCACUUGCGAAUUGCGAAACGAUUUUUUGAAACUAUGCGUUUCCUGUAAAGUUGUUAUAUGUUGUCGCGUCUCCCCAAUACAAAAAGCAGAGGUAGUGGAGUAUGUAACCAAAUAUACUAAGACAGUUACUUUAGCCAUUGGAGAUGGAGCAAAUGAUGUUGCUAUGAUACAAAAAGCACAUGUUGGUAUUGGAAUAUCAGGCGUUGAAGGCUUACAAGCUGCCUGUGCUUCUGAUUAUAGUAUAGGACAAUUCAGGUUUUUGUUAAGGUUACUGUUUGUUCAUGGUGCCUGGAAUUAUUCAAGAAUAUGCAAAAUAAUUCUUUAUAGUUUUUACAAAAAUAUCUGCCUCUAUGUAAUUGAAUUAUGGUUUGCCAUUUAUUCAGGAUGGUCAGGUCAAAUUCUUUUCGAAAGAUGGUCAAUUGGUAUGUACAAUGUCAUAUUUACGGCCCUUCCUCCUCUUGCGAUGGGACUUUUCGAUAAACCAUGCAGUUCAGAUAAAAUGAUGCAAUUUCCGAAAUUGUACAAACCCUCACAAAGCGGGGAAUUGUUUAACAUCAAAGUUUUCUGGGUUUGGAUUAUCAAUGGUAUGAUACAUUCCGCUCUUUUAUUUUGGUUACCAUUGUUGGCGACCCAAAACGAUACUCUAUGGUUAAAUGGGCAUGAUGGAGGUUAUUUGAUACUUGGAAAUUGUGUAUAUACCUAUGUUGUGGUGACAGUUUGUUUAAAAGCUGGUUUAGUUACCAAUUCAUGGACCUGGUUAACACAUUGUGCUAUCUGGGGAUCGAUCAUGCUAUGGUUUUUAUUCGUCAUCGUAUACAGUUUAUUUUGGCCAGCAAUACCAAUCGGAUCUGUAAUGUGUCGAAUGUAUAUACUACUAUUUUCGUCGAGUGUCUUUUGGUUGGGUGUUUUUAUCGUGCCAAUUAUUACCGCUCUGCCAGAUUUUACAGUUAAAAUAGUACAAGGGACUAUGUUUAAAUCAAUAACGGACAUAGUUCGCGAAAACGAUAUAAAGAAAAGUGAUCCUUCGAUGUAUAGGGGAGAGCCGAAAAAUUCACUAUCUGAAACUGCCCGUUUGCUGAGGAACGUCUUCACCAGAAGAAGUACUGCUCCGAGGAUAGAGCAGGAUGUGGAGCUGUCACACGGCUUCGCUUUUUCUCAAGAAGAAGGAGGAGCAGUCUCCCAGUCGGCUAUUAUAAGAGCUUACGACACGAACAAACCAAAACCAGAUGGAAUGUAAUUGAUGAAAACUGAAAAAUAUAUUAGAAGAGUACUUACAAUUUUUGUAUUCUGUAGUUGUGGCGGAGAUAAAAAUAUGUCAUGUUAAUGAGUGUUCCUUUUUUGUUUUAUAAAAAAUAACUCAGUUUUUUAUUGUAGCGUAAACAAUUUAGGACAGAAAAUUUAUAAAUAAGUUUCUUUUGUUUGUUAAAUGAAUUAAAUUAAUUUGUACAUUUUUUUAUAUAUAAAGUAAUAGUAAUAGUUUCAAUUGUUACUAUCAGAAACAUUCAGUCACAGGUAUAAAAGAGUAAGAAAAAUUUUCUGAAUACAUUCAUAAUAAGAAACAAUUCGAAAAAUAAUAAACAACAAUCUAUUUUCAAAAUUAUAACUAUACAAAAUUCAAGUUUUUUCUUAACAAAACUAGAUUUUUAGCUAGUCUCUUGUUAAGUUAUUGUGAACCACCGAUAUUUGAAUAUUUUUAACUUAAAAUUUCCUCAUUUUAAAGUCGUUUUCCUAUCAAUAUUUAGAAUAGAAUUAAAAGAAGAAAUGCAUCAAAUACUCAUCGUUUUCGUCGCCUCAUGAUUCCUCAGUACAAGAUAUAAUCUUUUUUGUCCAGGAACACUAAAAUAAACUUUAAAGCUUUUGAAUUUAAAGAUGACUAUGAAAUUACAUUCCCUGAUCCCUCUUGUUUUCAAUUAAAAGGGAAAAAACAUCUAUUACUGAUCGCUUUCAUCUUUUUGUGCCACCUCAGCAUAAGAAAUAAGCUGUGUCGUAGGCCGAAAAAAUAACAAUAUGCGUGCUAAUUGAAACAUGACUACUAAAUCAGUUUCUCACGAAAAUAACUAUCUGUAUCUUCGAUUGAAAAGAUAAAUGCAUCAAUUACCGAUCCGUUUCGUCGUCUUGUGCCUUCUCAACACCUCAGAAAUCAGAUAUCGAUCGUUUCCGUCUUCAACUUUUUCGUUCAGCUACACUCCACCUAAACCAAAGGCAAUAAGAUUGUAGGGCGUUUCAAUGAUUACAUGACUAUGCAAUCAGUUUCCUAGGGAACUUUGAGCUUUUGUUUACAAUUAAAAGGAGAAUUACAUCAAUUACCGAUCGUUUCCGUCUUCUUCUGACUCCUCAUUGUAAACUUUCUCUUUCAGUAAGAUUUAAGCUAAACAAAAAGCAAAAUAUGAUCGUAGAGCGUUUCAAUUCAAAAAUUAUUAUAAAACCAGUUUCCUAGGCAAUUUUCCCCUCCUGUUUGCAAUUAAAGGGAGAAAAGUAUCAGUUACUGAUCGCUUUAUCUUCUUUCGCCUCCUCAGCAUAAGAUAUAAGCUCCAUCGUAGGCUGAAGAAAUUAUUUUGAUGCAUUCUAAUUAAAAAAUGAUUAAUGGAUUGGUUUAUCCGGAAAUUGUCUUCUUUUGCCUACAAUUAAAAAGAGUAAAACGUCAUAUACCGAUCGGUUUCAUCUUAUUGUGACUCUUCAUUAUAAAGUAUCAAUUUUUUUGUUGGUAAAAACGUAAGCUGAACAAGUCAAACGACUUCGCCGCUGUUUAAUUCAAAGAUGACUCUUUUUAAUUAGUAGUAUUCAGGAAACUGUGUCUCUUUGUUUCCAAUUAAAAUUAGAAAUGCAUCAGUUAUUGAUCGGUUUCACC